AGCAUAUAAAAGUGAUUUAGGUUUAGAAUACUAACCAAUAUGAUUCCUUCCAGUGAGGGUGUAGAGAAAUGCCAGCAGUGGUCAGACAACACCACUCAGCAGAUAGACUUAGCGCUAAAUAUAUUUUUUAUGGUCUACUUUUUUAUACGUUUUAUAGCUGCGAGCGACAAGCUGUGGUUUAUGCUUGAGCUGUACUCUUUUGUUGACUACUUCACCAUUCCGCCGUCCUUUGUCUCUAUUUACCUCGACCGUACAUGGAUAGGUCUAAGAUUUUUGAGGGCGCUCCGAUUGAUCUCGGUUCCCGAUAUUCUGCAGUAUUUGAACGUGCUCAAGACCAGCAGCACAAUUCGAUUGGCUCAGCUGGUUUCCAUAGUGAUCAGUGUGUGGCUUACAGCAGCUGGAAUCAUCCAUUUACUUGAAAACUCUGGGGACCCUUUAGAGUUCGACAACCCACACAACCUUUCCUACUGGGAGUGUGUAUAUUUUCUCAUAGUAACAAUGUCAACAGUGGGCUAUGGUGAUAUUUACUGCAAGACUACCCUGGGCAGAACAUUUAUUGUUUUAUUCAUUUUAGUGGGUCUGGCCGUCUUUGCCAGUUGCAUUCCUGAGAUCCUAGAGUUAGUAGGAACUAGACCAAAAUAUGAUGGCGAGUACAGACAGGAGCAUGGUAAAAGGCACAUAGUGGUGUGUGGACACAUCACAUUUGAGUCGGUGUCUCAUUUUCUUACGGACUUUCUUCAUGAAGAUAGAGAAGACGUGGAUGUGGAAGUCAUCUUUUUACACAGGAAACCGCCUGAUCUGGAACUGGAAGGUUUGAUUAAACGUCAUUUCACUACUGUAGAGUUUUUUCAAGGAAGCGUUAUGAGUCCUAUUGACCUACAACGGGUAAAGGUACACGAAGCCGAUGCAUGUUUGGUUCUGGCGAACAAGUAUUGUCUGGAUCCUGAUGCUGAAGAUGCUGCGAACAUCAUGCGAGUUAUCUCUAUUAAAAACUACUCUGACGAUAUUCGGGUUAUUAUCCAGUUGAUGCAGUAUCACAACAAGGCCUACCUCUUGAACAUUCCCAGCUGGAAUUGGAAACGAGGAGACGAUGUUAUCUGUGUUUCUGAGCUGAAAUUAGGAUUUAUUGCUCAGAGUUGUUUAGCACCCGGUUUCUCUACUAUGAUGUCAAACUUGUUUGCCAUGCGAUCCUACAAAACUGAAUUGGAGAUGGCCACCAUACUGCUUUAUGAUCAUGCACACCAAACGAAACUAUACAAAGUCUAUCACAGAGUCACGUGCAUUUAUUUUUGA